AUGCCCUUUUUUCCCCCUUUUUUUUGGUACGAGGAUAGUGGUGUAUGGUGUUGCCUGCUAGUAUGCGCCGCCAUUUGGAUUUUGUAUCAAGUUUUCGAGUUGUGGCUUGUUUUCUCGAUCGGGCCAACUCAGAUCGUCGUAGACAACCCUCGUUACCCACUAGCAAAGAUUGAUUUCCCGGCUGUCACAAUUUGUCCCAUCAACAAAGUCAUGUACUCCAAGGUCCUUGCGCACAUGGAUACGAUUUUUGACCGAAAUGACAGAACCAACAGAGAAAACUUUAUUCAUUCAAUGGUUGCCAUGUCUUUGAUGCGCUAUCCAUACUAUGACAAUCCGGCGAAUUAUUUACAGAACAAAACAGCAUACAUACUGAACAAUAGUGAACUAGAUAAGCUCAUGCAAAAGGUCGGGCCCACGCUGGAGGAAGUAUUCGCAGGAUGUUUUUGGCGUGGAACACCUCAUCCCUGCACCGAUCUAAUUCGACCUCAACGGACUGAAGAGGGAUACUGCUACUCUUUCAACAGCAAGACUGCAGAAAGAGAGAGCAACGCGUCAUCAAUAAACCCGCCGUACAUGUCGGAAUCCGGAACUUUACAUGCCUUGCGGAACAACGCUGCCGGGAAAAUCACCGGAUUUGAGGUGCUGCUCAAGUCGCUGGACCACGAGUACCUGGCUGACGACAAAAGGGUCAGAGGCUACAACGUGAUAAUCCACAGCCCGGAGGACUUCCCAGACGUGUCAUCCAACUUCGUGGUGCACACGGAUGCCCAGAAGGUGACCCGUAUCACGGUGCUGGCGGCGGUGACUCUGGGCGACUCGUCCCUUCUUCGGCUCAGCGAGGAGGUCCGAGGCUGCUAUUUCAUCCACGAGUACGACGUCGCCACCGACACGCCCUCCUUCGUCGGCAACGACGAGAGCAACUGCUACUCCAGAUGCCGCCUCUCCGCCAUCUACAGCCACUGCAACUGCACCCCUUACUUCUUCCCUCCGAUCAAAGCUGGGUUGCCUCAAUGCGGGAUUCAACACGUUCAGUGCUUGAAAGAUAUCAACGUUCUUCAACGAAAUUCGAUGGCACCAAGCGGGGAACCAGGUUUCCCGGACUGGAGUCUGCCUGUGUACAUGAACUGCCAUUGUAAAACGCCGUGCAGUUUCACAACGUAUACAACAGAAAUACGUCACACAUUUGCGGACUUUUUUCAGACCUCGGAUUAUCAAGUGUACUUUGAAGUGCAGUAUAAAGACCUGUAUGCGAUUAGCUAUUUGAGAUUUUUGAAGCUUGAUGUGCGAGAUCUAAUGGUAUCGUUUGGCGGCGUGGCGAGUUUGUUCUUGGGCUGCAGCCUAAUAAGCGUGGCGGAAGUGCUCUACUUCGUGGCCCGGUCCAUCAAACGACUGGUCAAAUAUCGGAACCGGAAACUGGACCCAGAGACCGUUCCGGCGCCGGAGCCGGAGGACACGGAUGUCGAAGCGGGGAUGACACCGGCCAAAGCCAAACCGCGCCAAUUCAAACUCAAUAUCCUCCGCUGGCGCCUCGACAAGAAGUCCCUUUUCGAGGAGCUCUUAGACAAGUGCAAGCCCGACCCCAAACCCCUCUCCGCCGUCUCCGUCAAACCCGAGAAGAACAAAUUCCACCCUUUCCCGUACUAUCCAUGAGCC